AAUAACUGAUUUUAAAAACUUAAAAAAAACAUUCAUAUAUUUUAAAAAUAUAUAUCUAAAUAUAAGAUGCUGAGUAUGGCUAAAACUAAUCUACAGAUCAUACUAGAUAGUUUCAGUGUCGAUGUAUUGAAUAGGUUGUGCAGCUAGUGCUACAUAUGAUAAAUCAGUGUCUUGGUUUUGUUUUGAAUAGACGUUUCUUUUUAAAAUUUCUUCAUUUGACGUAAAAUUAUAACAAACCUUGUUACAAAUUUUGACAGGUUUCAAUAAGUAAAUGUGCUAGUUCAGUGUGAUAUUAUUUUGGUUCCACCGACAUUUAAUUCUAACCAAACUUUUAACAAAAACAUCAAUAGAUUUGACAUAUACGUUUUUACUGCUUUUAGUUUAUUUCUAAAUAUUGUUUACAUGACAUAAAAAAUAGUUUAAAGGUAUGUAAUUGGUAACUAAACGAUUGUAUAUUUGAUACAUGCUAUCUACUUACUUUAGGAAUAUAUUUAUAAAAGUGAAAAAAACGAUAUAAUUUAGGUAAACAAAACGCACUCAAAAAAUCUACUGUCACUUUAAUUGUCACUGAACUAGCGCAUUUCUGGGUUUAGUUUUUAUUAAAAACAAUUGUGAAAACAUUCGUUCAGCUGACGCCGAGGAAUGCGGUAAAGAAAAAACAUAAGUUGUAACAAUUAUUAAAUUUGGAAACUGAAAAUCGUUAUUGCCAUCUUUUUGGCAUAACAAAAGAGACCAAAAGGUCUCUAAGUCAUCUAAAUGUGUUUCCAUUUCUUUUAAGUCAGGGAUGCUUUUCCAUUCCUAAUUAAGCUCUUCAAUAUUUACUUUGUCUUUUAAAACAGGAAAGCAAUUAAGAAGUUUAGUCAAGCUAGGAAUGUUGUCAGAGUACGCAAUUUUUGGCCCUAAAACGUUUAAAUUUUCUAAUAAUGUGUUCUCAAAAGGAAAACGAUUUUUAAUUUGAGUACACAGCUCUGUAUAAAAUGCCAAGCAUUUAUGUUUAAAACUUUGUAUAUCAUUUUCCGUUAAAAUAUCUUUAUUUUUUUCUAUAUAUUUUUCAACGUACGCCCCAAAAUACAUAGACGAAGGGUCUAUCUGAAUUGUUUUGUUUUUCGGGUCAAUGUCAUUUAAAGGAGCACAAUCAACUACACUUAUGAUGCUCUGAAAGAGAGUCGUUAUCUUUGGUUUUUCUUACUGAAAAAUUAGGUUCAUUUUAUUAAUCAAAUCUAAAACAAAAUUUAAAAAAUAAAAGUAUAAUUUGUACAUUCCACUGUUUAGUGAAUUUAAAAUAGUUUCGCAAGACUGUAACUUGUCUACUAAUACAGCACCUUGAAAAUAUAAUAUUAAUGGCGCCCAAUUGUCCAGUAUUUUUUAGCCACGAUUCCAAGAGAAAGCCAACGAGUUUGACUUGGACGUAACAUUUUGUUUGGUUUGAUUUGCAAAAAAGAUUGAAACUGUUCUCUUUGAAUCUCUUGGGGCGUUACUAAAAUAAUUGUUAAUUUCUCUGGCAAAGUGCUCUAUUGAUUUGGGUAGCUGAGGCACAGAGGUGAAAAGAGUGGCAAGUAUAACCAAGGACAAAUAAGUGUGGGACUAGUUCUUUUAAACGAUCUUGUACGCCAACGUACUUUUGCGAAGAAAAUAACAGAAAUUAGGUUUCUUGGAAGUAUAAAGGCAAAUUGACCUAAUAUGUAAAUGUAGUAGAUUGUAGUAGAAAUAUUAAAAAUGUAGCAAAUACUAAAAAAGUGUUAGAACCAUUAAAUUGUAGUAAAUCUACUACAAUUGUAGUGACUCUGUCAACACUUUUGGGAGACAAUUAUUGCUUUGGAGGAAGCCUAUACCUAAAGUUGAACGACAUAAACAGGAAGGAGAAGAAGUAAAAAAUAUGAAUGUAAAUAUGUAAUUUAGUACCGAAGGCAAAUAAACAUAAUAUACCUAAUAUAGGAAAACCAAUAUUACUAUUUCCUUAAAACACGUCUGAAGACUAUUUUUUAUGAUUAGACAUGUUUCGGAGCCCCGUGACUUCAGUUGUUGCCCAAAAAAUCUACAGUUCAGUCUUAUUAACUUUUCCAUCAAAUGGAAAAUGUGUUCAAUAUGAUUUCUUAAAAAAAUCUAAAAAAAAUACUAGUUCUUUUUAAGUCUUUUAAGCUUAAAAGGAACAAAAUAUAAUAAUCUAACACUCGGAUGUCUUUUUGAGGUUAAGUUGAUCGAUAGUUGAUCACGAUUUUUAUUUUGAUAAAAAAGCAAAUUAGUAUUCGUUGGUAUAUUAUAAACUAAUAAAAAUUACAAAUAUUUUGGUAUUUAUUCUUUUGCAAAGUCGACAAGACAAAAGAUUUAUUAAUAAGUUAAAGCUCAAUUAAUAAAAUAUAAUUUUAAUGGUUUAUUUGUAAAUAUUUUGAUAACUUACAUUGUAAUUGUGCUGAACCCAAACUGAUAACACCAACAAAAAAUACAGUUAAUAAAAACGACUUCAUUUUUUCAAUUUUAUUGACUGUAUUAUUUAUUACGACUUAAAAUGACAAAUGUUCUCUUUUUGAAUUUACGAAAAAUAACCGUAGUAUGCACUAGUCUGCCUUUACACUCACUGGUGUAGAAGGUUGACUAUAUAAAUUGACAAUAAACGAAAAACAACAAAUUGAGCGUAAAUAUAUUCUUUUGCGCACAGCACCAACACGAGAUUAUCUAAAAGUUCGCCACUCGAUUCAACAUGACGAUCAACACUCAACUCUAAACACUGUAUUGGCAAUGGCCACUGCAAGUUAAACAGAGAUGGAAUAAUAGACUUUGGAAUGCCUCGUCUCUUCUCUUCCCGCAAACUUGAUAGAUAGCCCCUGACAAAGCACUUUCUUUAUUCAUUACAUGGGAAAUUUCCAUGCGCACGGCACUGAUACCCGAUGCGCACGUCUUUUUAAAAUUGGUUAUCGAGUAUAUCUGUCUGCGUAGUGGUUUAUAUUCAGAAACUCCGUGUUAAAUUUUGUUGUUCGUGAUUACGCUGGCGAGAUACCAGGGAUCAUGAAGGUUUUCGUUAUUUUGUCCUUAUUUUGCGUUGCGGCUAUAGCCGAUGACUACUGUUAUCAAGAUGUGGUUGGUGCUUGCAGUAAAACAGCAAAUAAACAUUAUUCGGCAGUAUUGAAUUGUUCUGCUAAAUAUGGAGCCAUCGAAAAAGUACAACCGGCACUUCAACAGUACAUUAACCAUCACUUCGUCCGUUCGUUCGAGUAUCUUUUAAUGUCCACCCAUUUCGCUAACUACCAAAAGAACAGGGCUGGGUUCGAAAAACUCUUCCGUGAGUUGUCCGAUAACAAAUGGCAUGAAGGUAUCGAAAUGAUAAAGUACCUUGACAGUAGAGGUGGUGAAAUGGACUUCAAUAGAAUCGCCGAGGAUGUUGCGAAAGAAGAAGAAAAAGAACGUAGUUUUGAAUUGUACGAGCUUGCCGCUGUUGCUAGGGCUUUAGACACCGAGAAGAAAAUGGCGCUGGAAGCGAAUUCUAUUCACAGCGAAGCCACCAGGAAGAACAUCAACUUCCACGAUCCUGAGAUUUCCGACUACAUUGAAAAAGAAGUGGUUCACAAAGAAAAGGAUCUUAUCAGAAAGUUGGCUGGAUAUGCCACUGACUUGACAAACUUACUUAAUAAGCAAGAUAGUUCUUUGUCAUUGUUCCUAUUCGAUGAAUAUCUUCAAAAUAAUAAACUGUUUUAGAUAUUCUUUUUUAAUGUAAUUUCCUAAGGAGACUUCAUCUUUUGAUUAAAAUACUUUAUUUUGUAGAAUUAUUAAUAAAUUGAUUUAAAAGGCUGUUUGUAUAUAAUGUAAUAAAAAAUUAUACUGUGUAAUA